AUGGAGUAUCACGAGUAUCUGUCCAAUCUCACAGAGACUGCCUAUUCCUAUCCAAUACUGCUUCCUCGAAGUUGUUUGGAUUAUUCCAUUCUCGCGACAAUAUUUGUAUUCAGUAUUUACAUUACCACCAUGAUUUUAUCCAUGUGUGGCAACACAGUGGCCCUAAUCAUAUUUCUAUGCCAUCCGGAUAAGCUGUGUGCGCAUCAGAAACGCAUCCGGCGGGUACACUCCACGAUGGUCCGACGACCGAAAAGUGAUGGAGAUUCUUCCACCAACAUGGACGGCACUCCGUCCACGGGGAAAUCAAGACCUUUGUCCGUGCGUGAUACGGAGACCAUGUUUAAUAAUCAAUAUGCCAGUACGACCACGCAGUAUGCUAGCCGCCCGUUUGUCAGUCCCAGUGUGAGCUCCAUCACUAACUCUUCAUUUAACUAUUAUUUGGCCAGUCUAGCUGUAUCGGAUUUGCUCAUGGGUUUGUUCUGUAUACCAGUCACAUUUACACAAAUAUGUCUUGGCUAUUGGCCAUUCACACACGCACUCUGUCCGAUCGUGGUCUACGCUCAGCUGGUUAUGGUUACUGCUUCCACAUUGACCAAUACUGUGAUCAGUUUGAAUCGACUAACCGGUAUACUGGAUCCAAUGAAACAGCGUCGUUUCAGCUCCGCAAAUCCUUGUCGACAUACUUGGUUCCGAAUCGCCUGUAUAUGGUUUGUCGCUUUGACUGGUAGUAUUGUUCAACUGGUUGUAACUGGAGUCCGGUCCGAGGCUGGAGUUGAUGUGUGCCAGGAGGGAUGGAGCGGUGAGUUACACAAUCGAAGCAUCUACACUGUGGUCCUGUUCCUGGUGCUGUAUGUGAUUCCCUUGGCAAUUCAAGGCAGUACAUACGGAUUCAUCAGCUAUAAGCUAUGGAAACGAGACACACCGGGAGAAUUGGUACACUCAGUGGAGAAGAAUCGUCUAAAAGAGAAACGUCGUGUAAGUAUGCUCUCCACUUUUUCCACUUUUAAUUCAUGCCCCAUAUCCGACCAACACACAUACUGA